GAAAAUCUGAACAAAUCUGAGCAGCUCGACUCCUGGAGGGAUUUUCAUGGGGUUCUUGUCAUCGGUCUGUAUUCAGAUUGAAAAUGGCGACAGGGCCUGAAACACUUCCUGAGAUGCUAGUGAUCAGCAGCUCCAGUCCAGAUGAUGCAGUGAUCCGGAUUCUUCUGAUGGGCAGAAACUCUUCUGGGAAAAGCUCAUCUGGAAACACAAUACUGGGAGAAAGAAAGUUUAAAGUCCAAAAACAUAAGAAGAAAAAUGAGUCGGAAGUGUGUGAGGGUCAAACUCAAAUCGGUGGGAAGCAAGUUGCUGUGAUUGAUUGUCCAGAUCUACUGGAUCCAGGUCUGAAUAAAGAGCAGCUGGAGAAGAUGAAAGAGCAGCUUGUCUCUGGAUGUUCAGCAGGUCUCAGUUCAGUUCUGCUCACUGUUCCUCUGGAGGAACCUGUGCAAAAUGAAGAAGAGAUCCUGGAAUUUAUUAAGUGUUUAUUUGGUGCUGAAGUGCAGAAACACAUCAUGAUUCUGUUCACACAUGAAGAUGAACUGGAUGAUCUGGAUCAGACCAUUGAGGAACAUCUACAAGAUCAUGCAGAUCUUCAGCGACUGGUGACUGAAUGUGGAGGAAACUUCCACUCUUUCAAUAACAAAUGUAAAGUGAAAAGUCAAUUUGAAGAACUACUGCAGAAGAUUGAAGGAAUGAUGAUGGAGCACGGAGGGAAAUUUAUGAUGAAACAAAGGAGAAGAAGUGAAAGCAAGGACACUCCUGAUAUCAACU